AUGUCUCUUCAAGUAAUUCACCACCCUGUUGUCGACCGUUCUCUCAAAUAUGCCAACACAACUGUUGGUCGUGAUAAAGUUUACAAGGGAGUUCAAUUCUUUGCACGAUUCUUGGCAUGGUAUCUUAAUCGCCUUAACUAUGAUAAAGAGACGAUUAAACGACUUAACAGUUUAAAAAGCACAAUCGCCUCAGCUAGAAAACUUAUGCGAAUUGGAAAGUUUGUAGAACAUUUACAAUUUGCUUCUAAAGCUCUUAAGGAGAAGGACGAAUUUGCUAGGUUUACUACAGUAGGCAGGCGGUUAGGCUAUACUGUUUAUUUAUUUUGUGAUAGUUUAAUUUGGGCACAUAGUACUGGCGUUUAUAAAUUUAAUCAAAUAAAAAGAAUAACUAAUACAGCAUAUAGAUUUUGGAUUAUUGGUCUUAUGUCCUCGAUCAUUCAUU